CCGGGCCCAGCCUAUGGGGGCGCUGGGCGCUGUCACGUGGCCCUGGAGCCCCCGAACGCUGCCUGCUGCGGAGCUUGCAAGAGCCGGACCGAGCCGGGCCGGGGGGACUGUGUGGAGGCGGAGAUCCAUCCGAUCGUUUGCCAACGAUGACCGGCACGUGAUGAUGAAGCACUCAACCAUUUACCCAUCUCCAGAAGAACUCGAAGCUGUCCAGAACAUGGUUUCCACAGUGGAGUGCGCCCUCAAGCAGGUCUCCGAUUGGAUGGAUGAAAUGAGCAGGUCCAGCAGGGCCGAGGGCAGCAUGGACAGCAAGGAGGAGCCUUCAGAUGUGGGCAGCGGCAAGGACCAUGGUGGCCGGGUCUUGUGUGGCGUGAUGAGGAUUGGCUUGGUAGCUAAAGGUCUGCUGAUAAAAGACGACAUGGACUUGGAGCUGGUUCUUAUGUGCAAAGAGAAGCCCACAGAGACCUUACUGUCUCUCGUCAAAGACAAUCUCCCCAUCCAAAUCCAGAAACUCACAGAGGAGAAAUAUCACGUGGAGCAUCAUGUGGGUGAGGCAGCCAUCAUAAUCCGUAGCACAAAGGAGCUUCCACUAACUCUCAAGGUGACCCUAACCUCCCCUCUAAUCCGGGACGAAGCUGAGAAGAAGGACGGAGUAGACAGUGUUCCGAUGAAAGACCCUCCGGACUUACUCGACAGGCAAAAAUGCCUUGAUGCUUUGGCGUCUCUGCGGCACGCCAAAUGGUUCCAGGCAAGGGCAAAUGGACUAAAGUCCUGUGUGAUUGUGCUGCGUAUUCUGCGAGAUUUGUGCAACAGAGUCCACACUUGGGCGCCGCUGAAAGGAUGGCCACUGGAGCUCAUUUGUGAGAAAGCCAUAGGCACGUGCAAUAGACCCUUGGGUGCCGGUGAAGCUCUGCGGCGAGUGAUGGAGUGUUUGGCAUCAGGGAUCCUGCUACCUGGUGGGCCUGGUGUGCAUGAUCCAUGUGAGCGGGAGCCAACGGAUGCCUUGUCCAAUCUGACUGUUCAACAGAGAGAAGCCAUUACCCACAGUGCCCAGCAUGCCUUGAGACAGUCAGCUUUUGGGCAGAUCUACAAGGUGCUGGAAAUGGAUCCUCUCCCUUCCAAUAAGUCGUUCCAGAAAUAUUCCUGGUCAGGAUCCGACAAAGAAGGUGCAGGCUCUUCCGCUUUGAAGAGGCCUUUUGAAGAUGGGUUGGGAGAUGAGAAAGACCCAAAUAAAAAGAUGAAGCGAAACUUGAGGAAAAUCCUUGACAGCAAAGCAAUAGAUCUCAUGAAUGCUUUGAUGCGUCUAAAUCAGAUACGGCCUGGAUUGCAGUACAAGCUCCUUUCUCAGUCCGGCCCUGUCCAUGCCCCGGUCUUCACCAUGUCAGUUGAUGUGGAUGGCACGACGUAUGAAGCUUCAGGGCCUUCCAAGAAAACCGCCAAGCUUCAUGUUGCAGUGAAGGUUUUGCAAGCAAUGGGCUACCCCACUGGUUUCGACGUGGACAUGGAAUGUACGAGCUCUGAUGAGAAGUCAGACACUGAAGGCAAAAACGAGACAGUCUCUUCAAACUCAAGCAAUAAUACUGGAAAUUCUACAAUGGACACCUCUGCUGCCUUGGAGGUGAGAACUCAGGGUCCCAUCCUCACAGCUAGUGGCAAGAAUCCGGUGAUGGAGCUCAAUGAGAAGCGGCGAGGUCUCAAGUAUGAGCUCAUUUCCGAGACAGGCGGCAGCCAUGACAAGCGCUUCGUGAUGGAGGUAGAAGUAGAUGGGCAGAAGUUCCGAGGGGCUGGUCCCAACAAGAAGGUGGCCAAGGCAAGCGCAGCUUUGGCAGCUCUUGAGAAGCUCUUCUCCGGCCCCAACGCACCUGCCAACAAAAAGAAGAAGAUUCUGCCCCAGACAAAAGGGAUCGUAAACACAGCCAUGUCUGCAGCGGUCCAGGUGGCUCGAGGAAGAGGGAGAGGGGCCCUCACACGGGGCGCAUUUGUUGGGGCAACAGCUGCCACUGGCUACCUAGCACCAGGCUAUGGGGCACCCUAUGGAUACAGCACAGCUACUGCCGCACCAGCUUACGCUAAUACAACCAUGAUGGUAAUAGAAUCAUAGAGAUGGUAGGGACCCCUCAGGGUCAUCUAGUCCAACCCCCUGCAAGGCAGGAGUCUUGCCCACAGCCGUCCCUGGGUGGGCUCAAACCACCAACCUUCCGGUUAACAGUGAGAAUGACUGACCCAUUACGCCACCUGAGGACUAUAAGCAACAAUAAAAGCAAGCUUUUAGCAAGCUCUUCUUGGCACCACAUUCUGGCCAUAACUUAACCCAGUCGCUUAUGCCCAAAACUUUCUUGAAGCUGCUGAAUCAUUUCCUUCCUCCAGCACCAGCUUCUUGCACACAGCCAUUCAGAGAUUAAGGGGGACAAAGCUGACCUCCUUUGCCAGUGACUCAAUGUCCAGAUCACACACAGGCACACAAUAGGUGGAUUCAAAGAAAUGGGAGAUUAACAUCUAAUGCGCUGGCUGGAAGCUGCCAUGAUGCCAUGUCUACAGAAGGCUAGAAAAACAUCCAUGAAAAUGAACAUGAUUGUGAAACUGUUUAUAUAUACCUUCCUUCUCUCCACCCUUUUAUUUUUGCUUGUUUACAAACUCUCCUGUGUUUAGUUUAUAACUAAAUAUACCCAUGUGAAGGGCCGGGAUUACUGGAAUUUGUCAAAGGCGAUCGCCCUUACCUCACACAGCAGCAGGUCAAUGAUGUGGAAGACCAUAUAGAGGGGAAAUUUUGCUGUGAACAGUGUGAGGAACCAUUGGGAUGCAUACAUGUGUGCUUCAAGGCUGAUGUCCAGAAAGUGGUUGUAGAGGUCAGGAAUGUACUCCUAAAAGAGAAGAAAAAGACAAAAGUUUGUCCCAAAUAGCAAUAAAUAAACAACACAACCAUCUUCUCAUCUGCAAGACGCUGUUUAAGAUGGAAGCACACAACGGACUCAUAAUACACCACAGAACAUUUAAGUUUCCCAUUAACGUAAUUUACAACGUUUAGGUCUCCUGGACAUCAAUGCCCCUAGGCAGCAACUGGCUUCAAAAAACACCCAUUCUGGUGCAUUAAUGGUGGCAGCAGGGGAGGGGCAAGACCCAUGACCCCAAUGGCCUGCUGAAAUGCCAAGAUGCCGAAGGGCAGCCAGCUGCUGAAGGCUACUGCAAAUGACCUGGCAAGGAAAUUUUCACUUGUCUGGCAUUGUAGAAACACGGGGAUUCAGGCAUGUGAGCCUGCUCAAACUGUAAAGUGCUAAUCAGAGGCCCUGCCACGAAUUCCUUCAUCACUGGAGAUGUGGUGGGUGGACACGUGGUGGUGGUGGGGCUACUCCACUGUGGCACCAAAACUGUGAAACGGCCUCCCGCGUGUGCUUCCCCACUCCAGCUGCAUCUCCAGCAGCUUUCAGAUGUGGAGCAAAUAAAUUCUUUUUCUAAGGGGUCAAUCGGAUGGCUGCUGGCAAAAUGUAGACAAGUCUGUUACCUACAGGGUAACUUUAGUAAAAAACAAAAUUACAGCCCCGCCCCCCCUAGCAAAAACAACUGCCAAGGGGAUCUUUUUUACAAAACCUAAACCUAAAUGAAUUGAGGGACUUUGCAAUCUUAAAUUUUGACAAUCUAUAUUUUAAUUUAUUCUUGGAUUCUUAUUACUGUUUUUGGUGACUAGUAUUGCAAUGGUCUUUGCCUAACAGAUAAUACAAAUCUGACUAAGCAUUUUCACUUAAUGAAUUCUUGGGUUGUCGUAUCAAUUAUUAUUAUUAUUAUUAUUAUUAUUAUUAUUAUUAUUAUUAUGAAAUUCCACUGCUUCUC